AUGUCUUUCAGCGAAGGAGACGCCGCAGGAGUGAAGCAGCCCCACAAUGAUCCCUUGGUCAUAAUGCUGAAUAUAGAAGGGUUUAAUACCAAAAGAAUCCUCGUUGAUAACGGAAGCUCCGUGGACAUCAUUUACUCCCCAGCCUUCCAGCAGCUGAGAUUAGAUCCAAAAAGACUUCGGCCUUUUGACUCUCCACUCGUCAGUUUCAGCGGAGACAGGGUCUACCCUAGAGGCAUAGUGAUGUUGACGGUGACCGUAGGGACCUAUCCAGUACAAUUGACAAAACAAGUAGACUUCCUGGUGGUAUAUUAUCCCUCAUCUUACAAUGUCAUCAUUGGGAGGCCCACCCUUAACAAGUGGAAGGCGACGACGUCAACCUACUGUUUGAAGGUGAAAUUCCCGACCGAUAAUGGCAUUGGUGAAGUGAAGGGUGAUCAAGUCCUGGCAAGAGAAUGCUAUCAAGCUGUCCUAGCUGGAAAAGAGAACCACAUGUGGAUGAUUGAAGAAAAAGAGGAAGACAGGAUAGAGGCCCUAGAAACAGUGGAAUUGGUAGAAGGAAAUGCGAAUAAGACGACUAAGAUAGGGACGACGCUGAGCCCCGAGAUGAGGACAAGACUCAUAAGGUUCCUAAAAGAGAAUCUAGAUGUCUUUGCGUGGAGUCACGGGGACAUGCCGGGCAUAUCUCCAGAAGUCAUCCAACACAGGUUGAAUAUGGACUCAGAACGGAAGCCCGUCCAGCAACGACGAAGAACCUUCGCUCCAGAACGAGAUCAAGCAGUUGCAGAGGAAGUUAACAAACUCUUGACAACUGGAUUCAUCCGGGAAGUGUAUUAUCCUGAAUGGCUCGCCAAUGUUGUCCUGGUCAAGAAAGCGAACGGGAAAUGGAGGAUCCAGCAGAUUGGCAAAAACAUGGAAGUGUACGUGGACGAUAUGCUCGUCAAGAGCAAGGAAGAGCUUGCACAUCUGGACGAGUUGAAGGAAACUUUUGCAACCCUCAAAAAACACCAGAUGAGGUUGAAUCCAAGUAAGUGCGUUUUUGGGGUAGCCUCGGGGAAGUUCUUGGGAUUCAUGGUGUCCUAG